CAGACUACCACCGUCUUGUAUUGAUGAUUUUGCUACCCUACUUGGCACAAGUGUUAAUCGCCACAAGUCACUUAUUUAACAAAGAGACCUGUACGGCCAAAUGUAGCGUUCAGUAUAAGCAACAACUUGGAAACUGCAUGUACCUCUUCGUUUCAACCACCCCAAUCUGUCAAAACAAUGCUGACAGAAACAGAAAUGACUGUUUAAGAGCCUGCCCUCUUCAACCAAAGAAUCGGAAGUGGUCUGGUUCUUCUUAUUACAAGAGACGAUCACGAUAUCAAACCUGAGUAUGAAGCGUCACCACUUUUAUCCUUUGUUAAUUGUGUCAGGCUUAGCCAUUGUACUUGUUUGAAAUAUAGACAUACGUAC